AUGGAGCCCCAAAAGCUAAGAGAUACACAACUCGCCGAUGGACUCUUGUUUGGCGAAUCUCCUCGAUACUACAGCGGCCUCCUCUAUAUCAGUGAUAUGGCUGGAUGUAUCAUCUACACCAUAAAUCCUUCUUCGGGUGAAAAGAAAGUGCUCCGCGAGGUAGAGAAUCAGCCUAACGGCAUGUGCUUUGCCCCCGACGGCUCACUCAUUUGGUCGUCCAUGUUUGAUGCCAAGCUCUAUCGUCGCGAUGCCUCCGGUAAUGACACACAGUACACCGACAUGUCUGGCGUCAUGACCGGUUACUGCGGCGACAUGGUGAUCGAUAGCACCGGCCGUGUGUACCUGGAUGACACGGGAGCUCGAGUCUUACACGGCGAACAGCCGCGGCCGGGUAGGCUUCUCAUCAUCGAGACAGACGGCUCUGUCAAGGUUGCUGAGGAGGACAUCAUAUUUCCCAAUGCCCUGUUUAUUAGUACCGAUGGGAAGACGCUAUAUUGCGCCGAGACCUUUGGAUACGGCCUGCUCAAGUGGGAUAUUGGUGCCAGCGGCGAGAUCUCCAACCGCCAAAAGGUGUGGUCUCCCGCCUCAAUCUCACCAAGCGGCGAGGUCGGCAAUACCACCCACGGCCUCAUUGGUAUUGACGGGGGAUGCAUGGAUGGCGAGGGAGGCAUGUGGCUGAGCUUAUUGGGCUUAGAAAAGUUCAUCCGCCUCGACCAGCACGGAAAUAUCACACACGAAAUCCAUGUAAAGGGGCAUGCGACGGCAUGUACUCUCGGUGGAGACGAUGGUAAGACACUCUUUUUGGUCACCAACUGGUUCCCAGAAGAUGAGGAGAGCAUUUUCACGGCCAUAAGAGCCAAGCGGACGAAAUGUACUGUAAGCUAUGCUAGAGUAGAUGUUGCAAAGGGCACAGCACGACCGUAA